CUGUCAUUUUAGAAAUGUCAAUUGAGGAAUUCUCUGCAAGGGCGUAACUAAGAAUCAUUUAGCUGCAUUAUUGAGGCAUUCGACCAACAGUUGUUUUUUUUUUCCUUUUUUUAUUUUUGUUUCGCCUUCACCGCCUAAUUUCACAGAAUCCCGAACGCGCGCGUCCCAUAUAAACAUCUAUAUUUAUAACAUAUUGUGGAAAGACAAUGCCUCACUCAAACAACCACACAGAUAGCAAUAAUGUUGCAACCGAAUUCAAGGGGCUCAUCUCACAGCUCAGAGAGGGCGUUCAUCCCAAGGACUCGCAGGAAUUGCUCGAUCGAUUGGUGCCCCUCGCGCUGCAGUACAUACGAAAAUGCCCCGAUAUAUUUGAUAGUACACCGCCAUUGCCAGAGAUAAUUUGUUUGGACAAGAUUAUGACAAUAUUGGAGUCGAAUCCGAUAUGGGGAGACGAGGACAAGCCUGGCUCCGUCUUCCACGAGCAUUACGUUGUGGCCUCCUGCGAGAUUGAAGAUCAUCGUAUGCGAGAUCUGCUAGCGAAUCUCAUCCUGUUUAGUCUGGAAAAUGACACGUCGUAUGGAAAGGUGGAUUAUGGACAACAGGCGUCAAUUGCGCGGCCUAAAACGGAAAGCAAGAUCCGUAGCUCGUGCAGCACCACCCUUCAGUCGAAUGGCAUAAGUCUAAAUGGCAACAAAAAUGGUGUGUCCGUGAAGCCUAGCAGCUACGACUCGACACAGAAUAGCGUUGGACUUGGCAGCGUACCAUUGCCAAACUAUGUUGUUGAGAUAGCAAAGCAAAAUAACACCAAUACCGAUUACAAUGUUGUCCAGAAUGCGAUCUAUUCGUUUUUGGGCGUACAGGGAAAGUAUCUUAAGAAGGACGUUAUUACAGGACGCUUCAAACUCGAUCCGCUCAGCAUGCAGUCGAUUUCGAGUGUGCAGGCUGGCAUGCUCUUGCGUCUUUCCGAGCUAGGGUAUUAUCAUGAUCGGAUCACCAAGUUUUCCAACACAACAACCGGCUAUAAUGCGAUGGGCAGCAUGGGGCAGGCGCUAAUGGCGAAGUUGAAGCUGGAGCUGAGUGAAUUUCAUGGCCACGUGGCUGCUUUGCAGGAUCAGCUGAACUGCUAUCGGGAGACGCAGAUGCGAGACUAUGUUGAUCGCGAUAAAAGCUGGUUGGACAGACAGCCGGAGCAGCUUACCCUAUUCAAGCUCCUUUGCUGGUACAUGGAGCCACUUCGUCGAAUGCAAUGGCUUACAAAAAUCGCCGAUGCCUGCCAAAUGAAGAAGGGCGGCGACUUAGCAUCCGUGAUCUAUAAAUUUUUAAAUAAUGGGGACCCCAUGGUCAAUAAAUUGGCCACAGAUCUGUUAACCGUGUGCUGUGCCCCGUUAGUGCGCAUGAUCUCAAAGUGGAUGCUCGAAGGCGGCAUCGAGGAUAGCCACGGGGAGUUCUUCAUCGAAUCAAUUGACGAGGUCGGCGCCGAUCGUCUGUGGCACGAUAAGUUUCGCUUACGCCACAGUAUGUUGCCCAAAUUCGUCACUCUUGAGCUUGCCGAUAAGAUACUUAAGACCGGCAAGAGUAUUAACUUUUUGCGUGAGAUAUGCAAGGUGGAGGAAGCUGUUAAGGAUCGCAAGGAGCUGAAGUUUGUAAUUGAUAAUCAUGUUUCCCACAUUUUCUCGUAUGUUCCGGAUACGACCUGGCAUGCGGCCAUCGAGACGUGCUAUUCGCAGACAUCGAAACAUGUGCUGGACAUUAUGGUUGGCCCACACAAGCUAUUGGAUCAUCUGCAGGGCAUGCGUCGGUAUCUGUUGCUUGGCCAGGGCGACUUUGUCAGCAUAUUCAUUGAGAACAUGAAGGAUGAGCUGGAGAAGAUUGGUACCGAAAUAUACUCACAUGAUCUCUCUGCCAUGUUGGAUGCCGCUUUGCGCUGUACAAACGCCCAGUACGACGAUCCAGACAUACUAAAUCACUUGGAUGUUGUGGUCAAAACGCCAUACCCGGGCGAUUGCGGUUGGGAUGUCAUAUCACUGCAAUACACGGUGCGUGGACCGUUGGCUACCAUGUUGGAGCCAGCAAUGCCCACAUACAAGGCCCUAUUCAAGCCGCUUUGGCGCAUCAAGCAUAUGGAAUUUGUACUGUCUACGAAAAUUUGGAAAAUACAAAUGGGCAAUGCCAAGGCGCUGCGCUCGUUACACGAUGAGAUUUCCAAAGCCACCUACAGAUUGCACUUGUUCACAUCCGAAAUUAUGCAUUUUGUUCAUCAAAUGCAAUAUUAUGUGCUCUUCGAGGUGAUCGAAUGCAAUUGGGUGGAACUGCAGAAGCGAAUGCAGCAGGCGAAGGCUUUGGAUGACAUACUCGAUGCGCACUCCAAGUUCUUGCAAGCGAUCAGCGUUGGGUGCUUUGUGAACACCUCGACGAAUAUGGAGAGUCAUCUGGAAGUGGUUUAUGAGAAUAUAAUUUCACUAGAAAAUUGGCAGGAAAACUUUUACAAGGAAUGUUUCGCAGAAUUGGAGGCACGCGAAAAAAUGCAAAGAGCUAUUGCUGAAUCAGAAGGGACCGGGCGCUUCGGUGUGACUACGGAGCAAAAGAUGGAACGCGACCAGGACCGCAAGAUGUUUGAACAAAAGAUCUUAACAUGCUGUCGGACACUUGAAGGCUUCGCCGGCUCCUAUGCCAAAGCAGUUGGUGGAUUUUUGCUAGCCCUUAACUCUAGCGAUGAUCACAAUCUACAGCUCUUUGGCACUCGUCUGGACUUUAACGAAUACUACAAGAAGCGGGACACAAACCUGAGCAAGCCGCUAACCUUCGAGCAUUGGCGCAUGAGCAAUGUAUAUGGCUAUUCCAAAAGCCAUAUGGGUGGUCGCUACAGCAUGUAUCCACAACCAACUCCACAAUUCGGUCGUCAGGGACAUGUGUCAUUAACAUGGGACUAACAAUUAAUCAAUCCACAAACACAUCAAUCUAGUGCCAACAACAACAAUUGUUUGUAUAAUUUGCCAUGUGACGAAACAAAUGUUUUAGCUCGACGAUCAAGUUUGAAUGUCUUGGCCUCAAAUUGUUGCGGUGUCCUGUAGAACGCAGUUAUUUUCAUUACAAUUUCACUACAUAAACUCAAAAAUUUAACUGCUGCACGCUAGCUACCUGGA